AUGGCUUCCAGGUCCCUCCUCCGAUCAUCAGCCUCGUCAUCCCCCCGCCGAACCCUCCCCAGUCCUUCCUUCUCCAAAUCCUUCCAUUCCGCCACCCCAGCGCUAGCAUACGGGCAUCCGAGCACCAACAAACCCGACCCGUUCAACGUCCGAGAGGACGCGAAGCACGCAACGCAGAAGCCCGGGGACGACCCGCAGUCACUAGAAUCUCGGUUAGGAAGGCAGGCUAAAGAGCGACGUGGUAGUGAUAAUGCCACCGGGGAGAAGGAUACAACGUCGUCGACGGCAAGGACGAAGAAGGAGCAUCCGGAAGCCCCGACAUUGAUUGGGAUGCAGGAUGAGAGAGGGAAGAAGGGGACGUGA